ACGCACAACGGACAGAAAGGACGUUUGACAAUAUUUUAAGAAAUGCAACAGCAUAGGAAACUUGCACCACGAGCUACGUUAGAAGAAUUGGGGAUAAACGCCAAAGUUACUCCGAAGCAGCCAGAGUUAUAUAGGCAUUAGAAACGCGUACUCUGUCCAGGACGAAGUCAAGCAUAGUAUUUGUAAUUUUAACUAAAGAUUUUAAAAUCACAACUUCAAAAUGCUGGCCAGGAAGGUGUUCAAUCUCGCCCAAGAGUUGGAGAAACGGGGGAAAGAAGGCAACUCUCCGGAUGGAUGGACAGAAAGUGCUGCCGCAGCAAUCUCCUUGUCAAAGGUGAUGGCCAGGAAGAAGGGGGGCGAGGUCUCACUCCAGCUAGAAAUCGAGACUGAGGCGCAGUGGAAAGUUCUCUUGAGGAAGGAUGGACUCGUUGUCGUGGAAGUGUACUCUGGUUGGUGCGGUCCAUGCCUCAGUAUGGCAAGUUUCCUCAAAAAGGUGAAAGUGGAUGCAAACGACGACAGGCUAACCUUGGCCACUGUGAACUCUGACAAUAUUUCCGACCUGCGUGUAUUUCGGGGACAGAGUGAGCCAACUUGGGUUUGCAUGGGGGGUGGAAAACCGGUGAAACUUAUUCGUGGUGCUAAUUCUGCCACUCUUGUGGCAACGAUAAAGUCGGAAUUCGAGCACGAGUUGCUCUGCAUGGAAAACAAGGCGAAGCGAAAUUUAAUUUCACUAACGGACGAAGCAGAACGGCGACACAAGGCAAAGUCCGAAGCAAUUUAUCUCGCUGCCGCGCAGAAAGAGGCAGAACUGAUUGCUCCCGGAAUUGGGGAAACCACUGCCACACCCACUCCGAAACAGCGCAGCUUAUCUCCGCAAAAUGUAAACGAUGAGGAUGAUGGUGCUUCGACCCAUGAGGAGGAAACAGACCUUGAUCACCACAAUGGGCCAACGCCACCUCCUGCCAAAUCCCCAUCACCGCCAAAGGAUCCCGUCGCUGACAUGAUUCAGAACAGACUCAUGUCCAUGUUGGAGUCUUGUGGUGUUCUUGCCAUCCAAAGGUUCUUACUUGAAACUGGAGCUGUGACCGAAAUCAAAGAUCACCUCCGGGGUGAUUUUACGGUAAUAAAAGAACGUUACAUCACGUUGGAUGAAGACGGAGUUCGUCGCCUAUUUGGAAUUCCAUCCCAUUACGAUGAACUCAUCGAGGAGGAGGAAACUCUGGCUCAGGAGGAAGACGGAAAUGAUCUCAUGAAUUAUGACCCCAACUCAGAAGUACAUCACGUUGAGAAUGGCGGAGACACUGACGUUGCUGGAGGAAUUAGCAGUAAGGCGGAUAGUGAGGCUGGUGGCGAAAGUACGACCGACGUCAAGGGUCCAGAGGGCGAGGGGGAGGAGGAAGAGCCAGUGAUGAGGGUGAAAGUUCCCCAGUAUAGAAAAGUACCCAUCCCACUGCCGGAUGAGUUAGUGGGAGACAUGCUGCUCUUCCUCUUGGAAAGCGUCCAAGUAGUUCGACAGAAAGAGCAGGACAAGGACGUCACUCUGGCCAUGACCGCUGAUGACUAUCUCAGGUCGAGAGUUGGCCCUCCCAACUACCAGGACGCCGUUGACAGCGAACCAAACUCAUUGCUGGCGAUGUACGGUCGUGAAGCGAACGGGGUUGGGGUUUGGUGCCCUCGGAGUAACGAAGACAAGAAGUACGUCAUGUUGAACUUUUUCCCCCAGGUCGUCACGGAUCUGCUGAUGCCCCCACCGAAGGAGAUGCCCAAGUACAUGGUGGCCAUUUUCCCUGCUUUAUUCUCCAAUGAGAUCAUGGAACUUCCAGAGCUUGUAGCAAAUGCGAGGGAUGUCCUGGCGCAAGGGAAGAUGACCCUUGCGCCCAGGGUGGUGGACAGGAUACUCAAGUCUCGUGGUCAGUCUGGAGAUGAUUUCGAAGCCCAAAAGAAAGUUCUCACCGGAUUCGACAUGUUCGUGGUGAGCAUUGAUGAGCGAAAUGAAACGUUGUCAACCACUUUGAAGUCACAGGAACCCAUUCAUUACAGUGUUGAUGGUGAGAACGGGAGAUUUGAGACGGCGAAGCUGUUCCCCCAUCUCAACAUCCUCGUCGACAACCACUUUGAGGAUGACUUGUAUCGAAGGGACUUGAUUGUCGAGAAAUUCCUUUCCCGUCCAAAAUUCAAGUUGGAAGUCAUCUUUGGUGACGACGACAUGAACCUGGACGAAGGAGGAAACCACGGUCACACGAGCGGGGAAUAAGCGACAAUUCGCAGUACUAAAUGUAAUAUUGAGGCAAAGUACUUAGGUAUGCAUGUACAUAGGGAAGUGCGCCUAGCGUAGGAGACUGGUCGCGUGGCUCCGCACGCGAAUUUAAAAAUAAUUUUUUUGUUGAAGUUUAAACAAACUUAUGUUGACCUAAAAAAUCAUGAUGUAUUACUUUAAAUAAUGCACAAAAAGUUAAAAAUUUUUGAUUUUUUUGCCGAGAGGAAAUUGCCCUAAACUUUCCCUCAUGUGGUCACAUUGAAAAUGCAGCAAGCUAGCUCCAGGUGGGCGAGAAAAAUUUUUUGGGAGUUUUCAGGAAGAAAGUGGUUGUGGAAG